AUGGCGAAAGCUUCCCUGCGAGAAUUUCUCAGGUGCCUGCCAAAGUGCGAACACCACAUGCACCUCGAAGGCGCCCUCUCACCCCAAUUGCUCUUCGAGCUCGCUGCCAAAAACAACACCACCCUCCCCCAAGACGAUGCAGCCUUCAAAUCGCCGGAAGCGCUUCUCGAGCGAUACAGAAGAUUCACAUCCCUUGACGACUUCCUGCACUACUACUACAUCGGCAUGUCCGUCCUAAUAACGCACUCCGACUUCGAGGCUCUCGCAUGGGACUACUUCCGGCAUGCAAAAGCCGACGGCGUGGCGCAUGCCGAGCUCUUCUUCGAUCCUCAAGCGCACACUGCGCGCGGGGUCGGCUACUCCACCGCGGUUGCCGGGUUCGACGCAGCGUGCAAACGCGCGGAGAAAGAGCUGGGCAUCACCUCGAUAUUAACGACGUGCUUCCUGCGGCACCUGCCUGUGGAGGACAGUCUGGCCGCAUUUGAUGCUGAGGAUGUGCAGGAGAGCUACGUGAGCGGGGUGGUUAAAGGUAUCGGAUUGGAUAGUAGUGAGAACGGGUAUGCGCCUGAAGGCUUCAAAGAGCUGUUUGCGAAGGCGCGGCACCAGGGUCUUAAUCUUACGACGCACGCGGGCGAAGAAGGCCCGGUCUCGUAUAUCGCCAGCGCGCUGGACAAUCUCCGCGUGAGGCGGAUCGAUCAUGGAAUCAAGCUGGUUUACGACGAGCAUCUGAUGAAGAGGAUCGCUUCUGAGAACAUCAUGCUCACGGUAUGUCCGCUCAGCAACGUUGUGCUCCGCUGCGUAAACACCAUCAAGGACGUCCCGAUACGCAAACUCCUCAACGCUGGCGUCAAAUUUAGCAUCAACAGCGACGACCCCGCCUACUUCAGGGGAUACAUUCUCGAUAACUAUCUCGCUGUGCAGGAUGCGUUUGGCUUGAGCGUGGAGGAAUGGGAAGGCAUUGUAAGAGCGGGGAUCAACGGAAGCUGGUGCGGGGAGGACAGAAAGACGAUAUUAUUGCAACUGUUGAAGGGAGUCGUUGUCGAAUGGGAGGAGAGACUAGAGGAGGAAGCAGGACAAGUCAAUGAGGGAUUGCGGCGGCAGAGUCAAGAAAUCGAAGUCCGCGCCUGA